GGUGGUGCGUUUUAAGAUUGUACUGACAAACGGUUUAGCCAGUUAUUAACUUGUUUGACCAUUUGUCAAAUUAAAUCAUAAUCAAAAGAAUAUCAUAAUGAAUGCUGAUGGUGUACAUACUUUCUUCAAUCGGCGUGGCAUAAUCGUUAAAUAACAGUGGACUUAUAUAUAAUUUAUAUACAACGAUUUAAUAUGGCUUUUCGAGUUUCGAUGCAAUAUCUAAAACACGAAAAAUCGUGUCGAAUAUUUGUGGUGAUCGUUUUUAUCUCCAUUAUGCAGAGUGUAUCUCAAGCGCAAACGUGUCCUGAGGAAUGUCUUACCUGUGAUAAAAGAGACAGGUGCGAACGCUGUAAGGACGGAUACUAUCUGCAAAAACUAAUACGGUGUGUUCCUUGUAAAAACGAGGCAUGCCUGACGUGUUCAGAUAGAAGUGAAUGCACUUCCUGUAGGCCAGGUACAUUUGGCAUUACGUGUGAAAAUAAAUGUAACCUUGAACGUAAAAACAACACGUGUAAUUACGGAGAUGGAACAUGCUCUUGCAUUGAUGGGUAUUAUGGUCCAUAUUGUUCGGAGAAAUGUUCUGAGUCUUGCUCUGAUGCAUGUGAUAAAAGUGGGUCAUGCCUAUGUAAACCCGGAUACUAUGGUGAUACAUGUCGAUCUAAGUGUUACAGUGGAUGCUUAGACUGUGAUAAUCCAUUUAACUGCACAUUAUGUACAAAUAAUCGACAUGGAAUCCAAUGUGAAAAAGAGUGCUCUCAGAACUGUUCUACUGGAUGUAACCUCUACGACGGUCACUGUAAUAGUUGUUACAUUGGAUGGUUUGGAAUCUACUGUGACAACAGGUGUUCUGUGCACUGCGCGAACGGGUGUGAUUCUACGGGAAAAUGUUCGGGAUGUGUGCCGGGAUACUAUGGAGAUUUUUGCAACGAACAGUGUCCGAGUAAUUGUAUAGGAGGAUGUAAUCAAAGUACCGGGGUAUGUUUGGUCUGUGUAACAGGAUUUGGGGGAAGGUUUUGCGAAGUUAUACCUGACAAGAUAGUUUCAACGCAGAUUGUUUCACUGUCUGGUGUUGCAAUCGCAGGCUGGGCGAUUGCUUCUGUCCUGGCCUUAGUCGUCGUUUUUGGACUUGUAGUGUUUUGCCGAAGACGGGUUAAAACGGCACAAGAAGUAAAUAAGAAACCGGAAUGGACAGACGACAGGUAUUACAAUGUGAAAUCCAUGAAAGAUGCUGUUUCUGUCAGCAUACGUCCGGACUCCACGCCAUACUACAGUUGCCUUGAUGAUACGGACAUCUCUCACACGUAUUCUGCCUUGGACAAAAACGCGGCUAAGUCAGUUCAACCGGAGCUUCAUUGUUGAAUGUGAAAUUUCAUGUUUUUUUUACAGCGCAAAACAUGAAUAUUUGAAUCAAUAUGGACCACUUGUGGUGUUCUGGCUCAGUAUGUAUUAUAUUGGAAUAAUGCAACUGUAAAAACAUCAUCAGGUUGAAAUUAUUACAACCAUAUUCGCUUGUCAUUCACGAUGCUACUUUAAAAUGUACCAAGCGCGCAGAACACGAUUUUUACUUUGUUUAAGUGAAAUGUUAACAUAUUGACAACAUGUUAUACGGCAAAAUCUAUUAUUUUCUCAACUGUAUUCAUCACACAAGAAAUGACUAUAAUACAUGCCAAAGCCUCUAUUACGUGUUUAUAUAAACAAAUAAUACAAUAAUUACAAUAUGAGAGACAGGAACUGCAUGAUAAGCUAUUAAGUAAUGUUGUAUUUAAGAUGGAAAAAGACAUGUGGUAGUUCUUUAGCAUUUUGUUUAAUUCAAUAAAAUUGUAGAAACUUUAUUCAACAACUUAUAAAUCUAUAUAUUAUUGUUAA